AUAUCAGAGGUAUAAAUCAUUGAAGUAUUGAAACACGACUAUGACAUCAACGUCGAGAAAACGAAACGAUGGGAGCGCAACAAAAAAGAAAAUGAGCAAGGAACAACUGCAGUUGGCUCUGACUAAGAAACGGCAGUGCGAUGCUAGAGCCUUAGCAAUUGUAGAACGGCUGAUAGAUAAUGCAGUCGACCAAACUUGGCUUUUGGAAAAUUUGGAGCAUAUCAACAGAUGUCACAUGGACGAUGUAGUGGAAGAAAGAGCCAUACUGAGACGAUGUGGUUAUGCUCUGUGCGACAAUCCAUUGAUAUUGAAUAUAAAUCAAAAAUAUCACAUAUCGACUCGCAGUAAUAAAGUCUACGAUGUAAGCCGCAGAAAAAAUUUCUGUAGUAAUAGGUGUUAUGGAGCAACAAAUUACAUUCUUGAACAAAUGCUCACCAGCCCACUGUGGCUGAGGAAUCCGAAAGAAACGCCCUGCUUCCAGCUACUCCCUCCUACUGGAUUAAUUAAAAAAAGUACUCCUGGCGACGAAGUUGACCUGGGAAGAGAAAACAUCUCUGUUGAUUCAUGCGAAAUACUUCAAACUGAUGAUAGUAUCGUGUCUGAAAAAUUGCCAUCAACAGAGAGUGAUAAUGUGGUUGCAAAUACUAUAAAUAAUGUGGCUGCUAAUUCUAUAAAUAUAUUAGACACCGAAAUCGUUGAAGAGGAUGCAAGUGCCGAGGGAAUAGCCAUCCUUCAAAAUCCAACAGAAUCAGUGGCACGCCAAAGUGAUAAAUCUGGUACUUCGGCGGUUCAACAAGAUGUGCGAUCAAGUAUAAAUAAUAUUUCUAAAGUAAAUGCAAAAGAAGGCAAGACGCAUAAAGUACACGGCAGACAAGAUUCACGGAAACAUAAGUUGGAUUCAAGCUGGUUUGUUGAACGUAUCAAACAUUAUUUACAAGAGUGGCUUACUUUGGAUUCCUUGGCUCUUUUGUCGGGAGAUGUCGGAUUGAAGCAGCGAAAAAUAAAUGAAAUUACGAAGUAUACGGGGGACAGUAAUUUCCAAAAGAAGUAUGUUCAACUAUGCCACAAGAUUAAUUCGUGCCAAGUGGAUGAAGACACUGACGACGAAGAUAGUAAACGCGAUCUAAAACCACUACCAGAUUACAGUGUGCUGAAGGAAGCAAGCGCCCAAUUAGAGGUCAAGGUACGAGCAUUUUACCAAGGCCAAACUGUGAUAAAUGCGACAAAACCACCAUCGGGUGAUGCAAGUUCUCAAGAGGAAGGUGAUCCCAGUACAUUCUUGCCAAUGCUUGGAGAGCGUGAGCCUAAAACACUUAGACGACGUAUAAUUUUGGAGAAACUUGAUAAAGUGUUACCAGAAAUGGUGCGAACCUUGGCUGGAGGCGAGUUUGCCGUUGAUGGAUGUAUCAGCACGAACGGAUGUGGAAAAACGGUGAAAGCUCUUGUAAACACUUUUUCGUUAUCUGCUAGCAAUGUUAUCCCUAAGCCUGCGGAAUGGAACCUUCUUGGCCUCGUUUUCAUAAAACUGUUGAGCAUUUCCGAGCCGCGAUUGAGGUUUCUAUUGGGCACAGACCGAGCGUCAAAGUAUAUAACUAUGAUUCUAAUGUCUUAUAAUUUGGAGCCUAGUUAUUUGGACUCUCUGGUAGCAGCGGCAACAGACAUACAAUUCAUUGGUGAUAAGAAUUCUCUAAAACAAUAACGGUAAUUUGAUUUCUCCUGGCGCUGAAAGAUCUUCAGAGGUAUACAAUGUAUCAUUCUGAUUUGUGAUACCACGUGAGCUUCCAUGCG